UAAAAUCAAACUCGCACCGCCACCAACCAAGACCAAACCCCACCUCCGCUUCGCCGCAGAUCUGCUCUGCUUCGCUUCGGCCGCCGCCCUCGCUUCCGCCGUCUCAGACUACCAUGGCGCCGGCAUUGCCCCGCGCCGCCCUCCUCCUCCUCCUCCCGCUCCUCCUCGCCUCCGCCGCGCGCUCCCAGGACGAGGCCGCCGGCCCCGUCUCCGCCGCAUCCGCCUCCACGCCCGCUGCCUCCCCUAUCCCCCGCGACUCCGUCGCCGACACCGAAUCCGCGCUCUCGCCAAUCUCCCAGCCCCCUACAGCCUCCGCUGCCGCGGCAGACUCCCCCUCCGCUGCCGUAGCAGCCGCGAACUCAUCACCUCCGGCUCCGCCAGAGACCUCCCCCGUCGCGGCUCCCUCCGACUCGCCGGCGCAGGCGCCGUCCUCCCCGCCACCCACGCACACGCAUUUCGCUGCUCCAGCGCCCGCGCCCGCCGCCGACAAGGAUGCUGACGGCGAAAAGGACGAGGACGACGACCGCAAGCCCGCCCCCGCGCCCGCCCCGGCGGCGCAGGAGAUUAAGGCCUCGAGCGCCGCCGCGGAGCAGGCCGGUGGCGCUGAUGAUGGCGAGGUUCACGAGGAGAUGAACGGCGGCAAGAAGGCCGGCGUGGUGGUGGGCGCCUUCACGGCGGCCGCGGUCGUCGGGCUGGGAUGCUUCGUGUGGAGGAAGCGCCGGGCCAACAUCCGCCGCGCCAGGUACGCCGACUACGCCGCGCGCCUCGAGCUCGUCUGAUGGAUUAUUCAUGGAUCAUCUUCCGCUUCCGCUUCCGCUUCACCACAUGUGGAUGUGGAUGGGGAUGGGAUAUUGGGAUGGGAUCGGAUCAUACAUACACGCAUACUGGUAGCUACUACUAGCAGGGUACAAUACGCACUUGCAUACUCAGUACUGAACACAAGACGCAUCCGUUGUUGGUGUGAUGUGUCCGCGCGCGUUCUUUCUUCAUCGAUCGGUCGGUCUGAUGGAUUGUUUCUUGUUCCUUCCAUUCUAUUGGUGUGGUGUGUGUAACCAUUCUUUGUUGUUGAUGACAUAAAUAAUCCGAUACAUAUUACUGAUACAUGGAUGCAGACGAGGAGGAUACAUACAUUUUUGCACA